AUGCGCAAUGCCUGUGGCUACCGUGUAUCAUUUGAUCUUACUCCGUACGGCGACCUGGCGUUUCUGGAGGCAUUUGCAUCUGAUACGUCGCCGUUUGCAACAGUGCCGUUUGUACGAAACUUUCAGGAGGAUUUGGUGGGAUUACAUUCUAGAGCUCUCGAGAGCUUAGUGUGCCGUUGCGGUCGUGAGCCAAGGUGGCAUUGUGCAAAGGCUGACUUACUGCUCAAUCCACUGUCAAAGCAACGAUUGGCUUCGACCUCGGAUCCGCUCGCUGCUCUCAAGGGUUACCUAGUAGCAGCCUCGUUGGCAACCAAUUUCUUUUCCGACAUGGUCUCCGUGGUCGACAUCAUCGAUCAAAGCUCGCUUGUCCGAUUGAGCCAAUGUCUUGCUAAAGUUGGGGCGCGCGUUGCAGCCGCUGUGCUUUACCAGUGUUUUAUGCCUGAAGAGUUUAAAUACGGUCUCCGAAUCUUACGCAUGACACCCGAGUCUCACGACGAGGCAUUCUUUCAGUACUUUUGGGAGCUACCUUUCCUUGAGCUGCUGGUGGACCUGCACUCAAGCCCAAAAUACCUCAAUGAUAGACACGUGACACUGCUUACGAACCUGAUCCAGUCACCCGAAUUGAACAGCUCAAAUCCCUCUCCGGUCAUCAAGGACGCGGAGCAACGCUUUCUUCGCUGCUACUUCCGGGACUUGUGCCGAAUCUACCUCACCGAAUAAAUAAAAAUGCCACGUGUUCCAAUUGAC